AUGCAGUACUAUAAUCUUCUACUGGCUUUAUUGAUGGUAACUCAAUUUGGAAACGGUUUCAGUAUUAAAACAAAAAGAAGUAUCGAUUUAUCAGCAUCACACGCACUCAUACCAGACGCACGACUUUCAAAAGAUGUUCUACCAGGAGGAUAUAAAAUAGAUUUACGACCAAACCUUAUGGAAAACACGUUCACUGGAAGUAUUAAUAUGAAUUUAAGCUGGAGCGUGCCAACCAGAAAGAUUUCUUUGCAUGCACAUUUUGAUUUGCAAAUUAAUGAGAGAUCAAUCAAGCUAGCAAAGAUUUCUUGGAAUUCCGGGGAUGCAAAUGCACAAGUUGAAAAUAUACCUAUCCUUCGUGGCGAUAGAAUGCCAAAAAAGACAGUUUUUGUCAUAUAUUUAAAAGAUAAAGUAAAUGAAUGUGCUCACUGUGAGUUAAAAAUGGAUUUUGAAGGUUAUAUAUGGGAAUCAACCGACGGACUUUUUAAGGGAUCAUACACUGUGGCUAACGAGACGGAGAAGCGAAUUUAUUUAGCAACGUAUAUGAGACCCAACAACGCCCGUCGUCUCUUUCCAUGCUUUGAUGAACCUGGCUUUAAGGUACCAUUUACUGUUUCCAUUUCUCGACCACGAGAUUUUGUAACGUUGUUUAACACGCCUUUACUUAGGACUGAUGAAUCGUCUCUGAAAAAUAACGAAGAAGAUGCUUAUGUUUUGGAUCAUUUUGAAACAACACCGCCAAUGUCAACCUUUACGUUUGGGUUUGUCAUCUCUCAGUUAGAAAGGUUCAUUCCCCUUCAAACUGAUGAAAUGGUUGAGCCUAAUAUUACCAUAUGGGCAACUCCAGACUUACAUUCUGAACUAGAGGAAGUUCAUGGAAAACUAAUAAAAGUCUAUAAUUGCUUGAACAAUUAUUUCAACGUUUCCAUUCCAUUGAAGAAAGUUGAUGUGCUCGCCAUACCAGGUCUUGCAUCAGUGAGACCGGCUGACAAUUGGGGCCUACUGAUGUUUAAAGACCGAGAACUGCUCAAACGCGGAUAUUAUGGUCUAACUCAAGAAAUGAUUUACCAAUGGCUUGGUUCAUGGGUGACGCCAUACUGGUGGAGUGAUGCUCACGUGAAUAAGGCUUUAGCUAGUUUCCUAGCAGCCAAUAUUGUUUUAGAGAUUGACAAUGGCAUCGAGUUUAAUGGGAAAUAUCCUAUGACCGUAUUGUAUUCACUUUACUACGAAUUCAGCAAGAGAUACCCCCAUUCACGCAUAACGGGCAUGAAGCAGGAAACUACAUCCUAUAAAACGGAACUUGUAAUUCGAAUGCUUAAUUAUACUCUUGGUGGGUCCACUUUUCAGGCUGGUGUAAGAAAAUUUAUUGCUGAUCGCCAUUAUGGCACAUUCUUUGGUGACGAUUUGUGGGACGCCCUAUCGAAACAAGCCAUACUUGAUGAAACUUUGCCAGCACAGUAUAGCAUUGCCGAAAUAGCUGGAUCGUGGAUCACAAAAGAUCGGUUGCCGGUAGUAAAUGUUGAACGAGAUUACACCAAGAAAACGGCUACAAUCAGUCAAAAAGUGUAUCUAAGAGAACGGCCACACGACGUCCCUGAACGUGAUAAAAUGCUAUGGUGGAUACCUUUGGUCACCAUCCAAGAACAAAAUUUAAACUUCUCAAACACCAAACCAGAAGUGUGGAUCGAAAAGAAGAGGAGCCAGAUCCUAAACGAUUUGCCAAAUCCUGACAAGUUUAUUAUUAUUAACCCAGAAGAAAUAGGGCCAUUUCCAGUAAACUACGAUACAACGAAUUGGAAUUUACUCUCGACUUUUCUACAGACUGAUGAUGGUCUAAAAUAUAUUCCUACCUAUACAAGAGCCAAACUAUUACAUGAUGCAUGGAAUUUAGCAUACGCAGGAGAUUUAAGCUUCGCAACAGCUUUAAAUAUGACACUUUUCAUGAAGUUUGAACGUAAUCACAUUGUUUGGAAUCCGGUAUUUACGUUUAUAGAUCAUAUUGGAAGACACAUUGACAUGUCUGAUGUUCAUAAAAAAUUUGAGACUUACGUUAGAGUGUUAUUGACGCCACUCUACGAAGAGCUAAGCGAGCCCAAUAAUAAUGAGGCAUGGCAAAUCGAUUUAAAAUCAAUAGCUGAAACCUUUCUAUGUAGGGCCGGUUACAAGCCAUGCAUUGAAGUGGCCCAACGAGCUUUUAAGUUAUGGAUGGAUAGCCCUAACCCAGAUGAACAAAUUCUUGUUCCAAACCAGUUUAUUUGUCCUGUUUUCAAGUGGGGUACAAUUGAUGAAUGGGAGUUCGGUUUAGAACGUGUUAUUAAUUUUCCCAGGACCAGAAUACAAAGUGAACGAACGUAUUUGUUAAAAACAUUAGCUGGAUGCCCGGUUCAACCGGAAAAAAUCAACCGUAUACUAAAUAUAACGAUUUUAGAAGGCAAUGCCAAUUUUACAGAAAAUGAUAUUUUUCUGAUUUUCAACAUGUUAACUGGCGGUUCAAGUGGUUACACGACUUUGUUCAAUUUUCUCUCUAACAACUGGGACGUCAUAAAGCAAAGAUUUGAAAACAAAGCGAAUCUAUGGAAUAGUUUGAUCGGCUCAGCCACUGGCGUUUUUACAACUAAAGAAGGUCACGAUAUGGUCCAAAAGCUGUACGAUGAACACAAAGAGGAAUUUGGCAGUGCUCUGCAUAUAAUUGAAAAGUCAUUGAGGAACAUAAAAGAAGAAGAAAAAUGGAGUGACGAAAAUUUACCUGUAAUAGAGAGUUGGCUUGAUGAUUUUUUGGCAAAGAAUACACCAACAGAAAAUAAAUUUUUUGAAUAAUAAAAA